CAAGGAGGAGUGGAGGGAUAUUCUGUUCUAGGUAUAAGAGCAGCCUGCGGUCGUGAGGGAUUCAGCGUCCAAAACAUACUACCGGAAUCGAACGAACACAUUCAGUACAAUGUAUAUCUCCAAAGUCUCUCUCCUUUCUAUUACCCUCGUCCUAGGGGGCUUAGCAGCUGCUGGUGGUUGCGGCGAUGCUGAUGCCUGCAUUGGAACUGAGUUUUGCACAACUGCCACCUUCACCACUCCAACCGCGACAACCAUAACAACUUGUGUUCCCACACCUACCUGCUUAGGGGUCUAUUCGAACUGUGUGUCUGGUGGUGGAGGUCCAUUAUGCUGCUCCACCUAUUGUGCAGCUACGAAGUGCCGUCCCACCGAUCCGAAAUGGCCCGGCUGUUCGGAGGAUCUCGGUGUUUGCUUAGCUGAUGAGAACUGCUGCUACAAGAAUAAGUGUAUCGAUGGUCUUUGCCGCAGAGUUACAAAAAUAGAUAAAAGGGCAGUAGUGUUUUGAAGCAAUCAUAGUCAUGGUCGAGGGAGAAUGAGGGCUUAU